AUGAACUCCUACUCCGGCGACCGCUCCUCCUCCUCCUCCUCCCGCCCCACCACCACCUCCUUCGACUCCUACCAGUUCGACUUCGGCAUCAACGCCUCCCGCUCCUCCGGCUCCCGCCCCCUCCGCGACCAGCGGCCGGGCGCGGCCACCAACCCUCCAGCGAGGCCGGCCACCGGAGCCACGUGGACGCACCAGCCCGCCAGCGCCAAGCCGUCGUGGACCCACCAGCCUUCCCCCGCCGCUUCGUCGGCGGCCACCAUGGUGGGGCCCGGAUCCGGGCCAACCUCCAUGGUCGGCGACAUCUUUGGCCGGAGCUGGUCCUCCGCCGCGCCCUCCUCUGGGCUCGGCGUCCCGCAGGCCAACAACCCCGGCCUCUUCAGCGACCUCCUCGGCUCCGCGCUCGGCUCCUCCCGCGCCCAGUCCAACGCGCCGCUCAGAUCCGCCGCCGCGCCGCAGGCAUCCAGGCCAGCCGGUGCGAACCCCAACGCCAACGCCAACAGCUCUCCCUUCUCGAUGGGCGGCAUGGCGGGCGCGCUCCCGAAAACUACGGGAGCGCCGAUGGGCUCCGGUGGAUACGGCGUUGGUGGCCGGCCGAUGAAGCCCGUGGGCAUGGCCGCGACGGCUGCGGCGCAGCCGACGGGGCAGCAGAAGGAUCCAUUUGGCUCAAUAGAUCCCUUUGCCGCAAAGCCUGGGUCCAUGAAAACGGCGAAGCAGGCCAAUUCGGUCAAGCCAGAUCAGCGAUUUGGAGCCUUCCAGGGUGUGAAUUCCAGUGCUGCUGCUGGAUUUGGGAGCUUCCAGAGUGCUGAUGCUGGAUUUGGUGGUUUCCAAAGCACUGGUGCUGCUAAACCUUCCAGCUUUACGCCACCGCCAGCACCAGCUUCAAUGCCUACCCCUGUGGCUGCAGCGGUUAACUCUAGCACGGAUCCUUUGGACAAUCUUUUUGCUUCAACCACAGGUGCACCGACUGCAGCUGCCGCCAGUAAUGGUGCCAGUGGUGGUGACAUGUUUGGUGAGAUGGAUGGUUGGGUCGAUGUGGAGGCAGAUUUUGGUGCUGGUGAUAGUGGUGGCACAACCACAGAGCUGGAUGGCCUGCCACCGCCACCAUCCGGAUUGACAGUAUCAGCUGCCAAGGCCAAAGGGAUGGAUAGCUACAAGGGAGGGCAGUACGCUGAUGCUAUCAAGUGGCUGUCAUGGGCUUUUGUUCUAAUUGAGAAAUCAGGGAAAGAUGCUGACAUUGUCGAGGUGUUGUCUUCAAGAGCUUCCUCAUAUAAGGAGGUUGGUGAGUACAAGAAGGCCAUCGCUGACUGCUCGAAGGUGCUGGAUCAAGAUAAGGAGAAUGUCUCAGUGCUAGUGCAGCGUGCUCUCCUUUAUGAAAGCACAGAGAAAUAUAGGCUUGGUGCUGAGGACCUGCGUUUGGUUCUGAAGAUUGACCCUACACAUCGGCUUGCCAGGAGUACAAUUCACCGCCUGAACAAGUUGGCCGACUAG